CAUAAACGGCGCCCACCUAUUUGGACUGUGCGUGCUCCCUGGGACGAUCGCUGUACGGGACCUCUGUACGAGGUCCCGAUUCAUGUGAUCGCUGAUUGGCCAAUCAGUGAUCACAUGAAUAGUAGUAAGCAAGAUGUCACUUCUGAUAUUACUUAUUACGUGUGAAAUCUGUGAAUGAUCACAGAGAUCACAUGAUACAAGGCUAUUCAUAACAGCCUUGUACCGUGUGACAAGCUGUGACCAAUCACAGCUCACACAGUAUUUCUCAAUGGCUGCAAGAAUGGAGCCAGAGUGGAGAAAUGAUUGCUU